AUGUCUGUUACAACUCCAAACUUUCUAGACCUACCAUUCGAAAUUCAAGAGAAAAUUCUAAUAGAAGUUCUCAAAGCUGAGAAUUGCGAGAUCAUCACAGAACAUGGAAAUCUUUCGUGGUACAAUCCAUUCGAGGAUAUUAACAAGCAACUAGCGAUUGAAUCUAAGGAAGCUCAAAACAGAGCCAACGAUUUGGUUCUUGUUAAUGCACCCAUUGCUUUCAUGAAAAUGGUCCGAAGAGUUAUUCCGUUCAAGUUUGAAGUGAUUCGAAAUUCAUUGAACCCGGUUGUUCUCGCAAUUGAUCUCCAUUGCUUUGAAAACCAUUACGAUAACAUCUAUGUUGAUACACGUGGCGUUGGAGACGGAUAUCAAGAUCAAGAUCCUACGCCUCCGGGAACCGGGAUAACAACAACAGCGUAUCUUCCGAGACUAAUAGAAUUGAUAAAUGCCUGUGGAAACAUUGUGCAUUGUGGGAGUUACCGCCAAUACGGACCUUGGGAUGAAAUCCAACCAUAUGAAAUUGAUAUUACGUUUGCGGUGAGUACAAAAUACAAUGCACGCCGCGCGCCACAGGUAGUCGACGAGAUCGUCGAUAGGUUAGGGGGACUAAGGCAAGUAUACUGGAUAUACUGGCGUUCUGGACCAUCCCCAACUCCACCUUCCAUUCAGGUUAAUAUCCAGGGAUUAGCAGCGAAUGCUGAAGCUCGCCUUCGAAGCUCUUGGGGAGUUCCCGCUUGGACAGAGGAACAAUGUUACGAGAUAGCCGAAGAGUUGAAGCAACGAGGAGAUGUUUUGGCAUCACAAGAUAGGCCUCUCGCUGCACGGAGCCAUUACAUCCUCUGCGGCCUAACCUUGAUUCGGUACGGCUUCCCUACAUUGCGAACCUUCCGCCACAAACUCAGUCUACGUGGCGUCGAGAUCCUACUAGAGAUGUGGGUGGCUGCCUCAAAUUUGUCAACUGAACUUGGAAGGCAUGAAGAAGCGCAUAUGAUUGCUCGUACUGCCCAAAUUGCACGGAAGUGCGCUCAGAGUGGGUGGGUAGAUCGUUAUAGACAGGGGAUACCAUUAGGCCAAGUCAGUAAUGAACUUCAAGUCCAGGUGUCUCUUCAGUUCGCGAGUACACUAUUUAACAUCGGGAAUGCUAAGCGAGAUCUUGGCGUCCUGCAGGGGCCAAGAUCACGAAGAGGUUCGCGAGAAACUCUCUGAACUUCGUCGCCAAAUCUUAGUGCCAAUUUGCUAAAGUGAAGAAGAGAGGACGGGAUAGACUUGCACAGCCAGAACCCAAGCUACUCAAGAUUCAGUAG